AUGGAUUUUAAUGGUAGCAACAAAUUAUAUAUGGCAAACAAUAAAUGCUAUUGCCUCAACACAUUUCUAGGAUUGCUAGAAAUUGAUAAUACAUAUUUAAAAAAAAAAGAAUGCUCUUCUCCAAAGCAAAAAAAUUUAUUUGAUUGUCUUCAAAAAAUCCAUUUUGGAGAGGCCGUUAUCUCUCCAAUCAUAGCUCUUGAUAAAACUUUACAAUUAUAUCCCCCGAAGAUAUGUCUAAUACCUACGAAGGAUUAUCGUGUUGAAGAAGUGCUAAUAACUGCAGACAGCAUUAACGUGAAUCUUCCGCAGCCGAUUCUCAAUGAUGAAUGUGAAAAGUACAACUUAGUUUUUAUAUAUAACAUUUCUGUGAGUUAUUUCAAAUGUUUGGACAAUGAUCUUAACAAAUUCGAAGAAUUUCAUGUCCAAACGUACAAACAGCGGUACGAAUUUCAAAAUUUGACGCAGUUUACAGAAUACACGUUAAAGCUGGCAUUGAGCAAUUUUUACGUCUACAAAUUAUCGAUGGAUUUGCAAUUCGGCCCGGAUGUGAAACUGAUAACUACGGGUCAUGCACCGGAUGAUAUAGCAGUUCAAGUUGAAGGAGAACCCAUGCUUCCUAUUCGCUGGACGGCACCGGAAUCUUUGGUGUUUGGAAUAUUUACUUCACAAAACGAUGUAUGGGCUUUCGGGGUACUAAUGUGAGAAAUUAUGUCAUUGGGUGAACAUCCUUAUCCUGCCAAGAGUAAUUCCGAAGUUUUAAAAUAUGUGCGUGAGGGAGGCAAACUGCCAAAACUUCUCAACUGUCCACCGAUGUUGUAUCAGUUGAUGCUACGUUGUUGGAAAUCUGUAAUUGGUAGGCCAAACUUUACAAAUUGUCUCGAAAAUAUCAAAACCUUAAGAAAUAACAUAGAAGAUUCGAUACUUAUAAUAAGUUCGUUGGAUAUUUUUGGACAUGGAGAGACAAAUCAAUCGUAAUUCUUUUUAUGUGUAUAUAUUUUUGUAUGGAGCAAUGAAUUAUUGCGAUUCUAGAUAAUAUCUGUUAAGAAAUAUUGCUUUUAUUUACUUUUGCUCACAUUUUAUAAUACAGUUAACGUUACAUUUAAUCAUUUUUUUAAUAAAAUUACAAUUCAAGUUAUUAACUUUAUAUA